CAGAAGUCUGGUGGGAAGGUUGUGUGGAGCUGUGCUCUUAGUUUUGGAGGGAAAAGUCAGCAUUUUUUGGUGAACAUGCCUGCCGCCACCUCUGAUAUGCCUGUGGGCCCUGUGCAGUGUUCUGAGGAAGUUCCAGUAACUAGUGAGGAAGUUCCAGUAACUAGUGAUGGGAACAAUAAUGUUGUUGACGAUCUCGUGAACUGUUUGAACACUCUGAACAUUAGUGAGCCGUUGCCUCAGUAUGUACAGUAUGUCUACUUUCCAAUCUACCAGACUGACUCUGUGCAGGGUACCGUGGGUUCGCCCAUCCCAGCCUCGACCCCUUCCACAGAGGUGACGUCCCCAACCACUGGGCCCAACACUUACAAGUACAAGAUUCCCUCUGGCACCAAGAUAGAUGGACGGAUUUUUGUGGGGGGAGUGACAGCUGGGACAUCAGAGCAGGAGCUCAAGGGCUAUUUUGGAGCUUAUGGAUCAGUGAAGGAUGUGAAAAUUAUCUUUGACAAGCAGGGACUAACUAAGGGGUAUGCCUUUGUCACAUUCACCUCUAACGAGGAAGCCACCAAGCUGAUCAAACAGGCAGAUGCAGGACAGCUGUUCCUGUUCAAAGAGAAGAAGCUCAACAUUGGACCAGCCAUCAAAAAGAGACCGAACUACCCCCCCAGCCCUGCUGACUUUGUGGUGCCAGGAGCUGGCAUGAUGUAUACUGGCGUCAACACUUACCCGUACACGUACCCAAACGGGGUGACAUACUUCACUCCUGAGGGGGUGCCGCAGACCCCUCCCUUCCCUGGACAUCAGGCCCUGCUGGCCAUGCCUUAUGUCCAGCCACAGCCACAGCAUUACGCAGCAGCGUACAACACUGCAUCUACUGGCCAGCAGUGGGGAGGCCAGCAGUGGCGCUGGGCUGGACAGAACCCUGCAGUGACCCAGGCUGCCCCUACCUAUGGCAGCCCCCCAGCCUAUGGAGUGGAGUAUGCCUACCCCUCCCCACCCUACCCUGCUGACAUGGGCGGUAUGAUGGAGGCAACCCCUGCUGAGGUGGCACCCAUGAUGCCAGCCUUUGACCCAGCCAUGCAGGCUAACGUGACCUACUCUGUCCAGACUCCUGUGCCUGCUGUGGACUACACCAGGACUGCUGGCAUGGUCAGCUGGAGGAAGCCAGGGACGCCACGUCGGUACGGGAAACCUCUGAUCGCUCGCCGACCGUCUCACAACACUGACGUGGCCAUGGCAGUGGACGGAAAAGCUGAGGGAGAGGAGAACAUGGGGAUGAGCACCCUUCCUGCAGAUGAGUAGGACAAAUUUGUCACACCAUUUAAAAUUGUGUUUGUUGGUGUGUAGCCAUGGCACCAUUGUUGCUCAGAAUCAUUCCUCUUGGGUUGUAACUUUUGUUUUGGGGCUGAAAAUCCUUUUUUCUGUUACCCACAUCAUAGCAAGUUGUCUGGGAAAUUUUUUCUACCAUUUGGAAAAACUCAAACAGUACCCUAAUACAACCUUAGCUUUAGUACAUCAUUUAGCAGGUCAGUUUUGAUCAUUACCCUGUAAAAUUGCUUCCUGUUGCAUAAGCAUUCAGUUGAUCUUACACCUUACCUUAGAUGUCAGAUUCUCCCACAACCCACAUUGUAUCAGUCAGCAAAACUGCACUCCUCCAGAGUUUUCUGUCUUGUACUACUAACUUCCAUUUCCUUCAUUGUUUGGAAUUCAGUUGAGUUUUUGUUGGAAGUGACUGGACAAUCAUGGAACAGGUCAAUUGGUUGUUCUUCAACAAAGGUGGUUUUGUAUAUUAUACAAAGAAAAGAUACAGGGUCAUUUAGUCAAGGUUAGGGUAGUUUGCUCUAAACCUCCCCCUGCUAUAGUAGCCUUUUGGUCUCAAAUUUGUAUUGGUUAUGGGCUUAGGCAGCAGGGAGAAGGUAAAUGAUUCUGAACUCGAAUGUAUGCCAACCAUGCCAUCUUACACAAGUGUGACAAUAGAUAACUACUUAGAAACUAGACAAUUUUUCUACCUUUUUAGAAAGAGUACAGUAAUGUAGACACCUUUCAUCUUAUCGAAAUAGUCCCAUGUAAGAUUGAUUCACGAUAGAAAUGAUAAUUGUCAAUCACUUAAGGCCAAUGUUAACAAGUAAUCAAUAUCUUUUGCUGCAUAGUACAUAGUUUUGAUCAAUCUGUAUAUAAUGCAAUCAUUAGAAUCCUUAUAAUUAGUGAUUCAUAGUGAUCUGAAAUAUUAUCCUAGGGAAACUUAGUCCGAGCCUUUUUGUAGGACAUUUUAGCGAAACCUUGAAUCUACAACUAAGAAGUGGAUGCCAUUUUAGGGAGCGAAUGCAGCUUCAUUUUACAAAGUCACACUUUUAACUGUGCCUUUUGUAUUGAAUGUAAGAGCCACUAAGAUAUACAAUUGUUAGUAACAAUGUUACUAUUUUGGUACAGGGAAUCCAGUUAUGUACAUUGUGUAAGUACUCAGGGCUUGAAAUACAAUUUUCUGCAUUUCAACAUUCAAAAUAACCGUACUAAAAUUCACUCUAUUCCUUUUGGUCCUGAAAACUGUUUUGAAUGUACAAAUGUAGUCCUUGUGCCAUCAGAAAUUCUGUAAUCUGCUUUGUAACAGAAUGUCUCUUAGGUCUCAUAGCUCCAAUAUUACGUUAUGGUACCUACUGUAACCUGCAUAUGCAGGUGGUAUUUCAUGUGUUGAGUACUACUGGAUUGGUGGGAAUGUUGUGUGGAAAGGGAAUUGGCCAUAAAGCUGGAGAGGACUAUUUUUUUUAAUGCUCCAUUCUCCAACGAUUGAAUGAAUGCUGCUUGCUUUUCUAAGAAGGAAGAUUUGUAGACAGACAACAUUGUAGCAUACCUUUUGUACAAAUUGUUCGUUAUGAAUGGAACUUAGAAUCACAUUUUUUUUUCUACCUCAUGUGUAAACGAGGCAGAUUGCUUCAUGUUGUACAGGUGAUUAUGAAGUGAUUUUCAUCAAUAAAAGUAAAUUUUGCAAG